ACUUUUGUUUGUCUUGUCGUUGUCAUGUCAUGUCAUGUGAAAAACAUUUUAUUUUCAUUAUUUUCCUAAGUUCUGUUCGGCUCUUUUCCAAUUACCAACUGUGUUAUUUUCCGGGAUUAUUUUAAGAAUAUAUAUGGAAUUAGAAAAAUGGUUUCCAAAUUUGACUCCAUACGAAGUGCAUCGUUUCACUCAUCUAUAGCAUCAUCGUUAAUAGAUAAGAAUGAUGAUUGGGUCAACAUCAAAAACAACAUAAAAGAAUGGCUGAAGUCACGAAUAUUUUUGGGUCGCUACACUGAGAGAAGACUUGUGAAUCCUAUUAUUGGAUACAGAGAUAUUGUAUUAAUUAGUCCCGCUGAAACAGAGUUAAAAAGGGACUUGAUAGAAGCAACCUAUCAACUUAAAGCACCGUGCACCACUCAAUGGAUAGGUAUAACGGAAUCUGAAGCCCUGGGAUAUAGGCCUAAUGGUAUAUGCUUAUGGACAGAAAUCGAGAAUCAACCCUUUGGAUUGUUUUGGUUUCAAAUUAAAUCUGUGAAAUUUCGAGAAAACGAAGUUAUUAUAUUACUAAAAUGCCUAAGACAUAUCACCGACUCAUUUUUGGAAGUUGAACCUACUUUGACAGGGGAGAAGGUGAAAGAAACAGCAAAUGCAAGUAUAGCUGAUACAACUUCCAUAAAAGAAACCUACUCUGAAAUUGUUGAAACACUUCAAACUUCUUUAUCUAUAAGAAAUGUGAAAGAAUUUGUAACAUUUCUCUUUGCAUUUGUUAUAGCUAUCUUUACUGGUAGUACUGCUUUUGUAAAUUUUCUGGGAAAUUUUGUUUUAGCACUUUUAAGGGAGCUUUCUGUACUAGUUAAAAAUUCAACACCAAUGUUUUUAGGAGUUUUGGAUUUUUUCAGUAAAAUUGUUGGUGGGUUUUAUAUUCUUUUGGCGAUGUUUUUUAAACCAAGCCCACAGGUUGCUUUCCAGAAUAGACCUAUUACCUAUGAUAGGCGCCAAAAGGCACAUACUAGCCGUUAUAAUGACAUACAAAGUGAGUAUGAUUCUAGAAACUUUGACUAAAAUAUUGAUCUCUUGGAGUUUAUCUUUGCCUAAUUGUAAUUUUGUGCUAAAUAGCUUAUCAUCAGCAAAUGUUUACUCAUUAACAAAAUGUAAAUAAAAUGAAACCAAAGUGUUAAAAUGUAAUGCUGAAGAAUUGGUUGAUUGCCCUUUGCAGAUAUAUUUUUAGUCUAAUGUUCACAUCAAUUUAAAAUUUGAGAGGGCUUUAGCUUUUGUGACCACUAUUUUAAUGUAUGUUUAAUAAAUAAGAAUCUUCAAAUUUUUUCUGAAGUAACAAGUCUUAGGAAAAUGUAAAUAAGGAAAGGCAUUUCUUUACACAAUUUUUUACGCUAAACAAAGUUAAUACUGUGGUAGGCAAAGACAAAUCUAUAUAUGUUUAGAAUUAGAGGAAUUUGUAUUUUUUUUUCCAAAAUGUUUUAUAUGAAUAACAUUCCUUUAUGCCUUUUUUUUACUGUUUAUGCUUCAAAUAUGAAUUAAAGAAUGGGAUGGUGAAGGAAAAAGUUUUACAAUUGUAUAGAUUUAUUUUACAUGAUUAUUUAUAUGUUUAAUUUAAAUACAUUUAUAACUGAGAGGACAUUGUCGUUUGUAUACCUAUAACAUGUUUGUGAUGUAAAUGUUUUGUCAAUAUAAUUUUGUUGAUGUUUUA